AUGCCUCUCCUUCCCUGGCAGCCUGGGUUGCCUGAGUGCCUGCCUGAGUACAAACCCAAUACGAAUAACACGUACCCAAGCGCGCUACCUUCCUCUCUUCUGUUGGCUUUUCCUCCAGUCAUCAUGAUGUUCUCAACGAGUAUCUAUCAGCCUCGUCAAGACUUCUCUCUCAGGUACUCAGCUUCACGCAUAGAGACUCAGGUCUAUGAUAUUUCAUCUACUCUGGCGGUGGCAUCGGCUAAGGACAUUUUGAGUUUAGACUCAGGGUCUCCAGAGAGCCACCAGUGGAUUCCCGCCUCGGUGGAUGGAUCUUGGAAAGGUGGGAAGGUGGGAAGCUGCCCAGAACUCAAAUCAGAAGGGGCAACGCCGGGCGUAAUCCAUCAGACAAGGAAGGAGCAGAUGGGUGGAGAUAAUAAUUGCACCACCAAGGUCAAUAGAACAGAAAGAGGAAGAGAAUGCAAAGGGGACAAUAUCUCAAUUACUUUUGUCGUUGUAUUCGUAAAGGGCACUGCGUAUUCGCGCGUUCUUCUCGCCAUUGCAGACACUGCAAGUCAGGCUGCAAACACGAGAAGAAAGAAAGAAAAAAAAAAGGGGGGAGUCCUCGCCCAUUUAUCCAUCCACUCGCCGCCUUCCCCGAGUCCCUCCCUUCUCCAACACUCACUUUUCGGGCCUAGCACAACAGCCCGCUAUCCGUACGACAUCUCCAACCAGCGGCCUAUUCCCCCCUUGCGGUUUUGGCGGUUUACCCCCUUGUCCCUGGGCAGAUUAGCGCCAUCUGUCAAGGAGCAACGCAACGCCAAGCUCGCCAAGCUCCCGCCGUCUUUGCCUUCUGGCGUCCUUUUUGCCGCCAAACCCAAUUUUGAGUCGACUCAAGUCGAGUUCCCUUCUUCUAUCGUCAACAUUCUUCGCUUCCGCCUGUGCCUCGUCGCCGAACUGCCGGCUGCUCCCGGCUCCCACGUCGAUUGUGACAUCCGACGCCUCACACGAUCCGCCCGCGCCGACAACUACACAUUCCGCAAACACUACCUCUCCUUUGAGCCGACGUCAAAUCUUCGAAAAACUCCUCUUCAAGGGCAUGCCGACGACAUAGCCAUCAUCAUCGCCAUGAUCCCCCUCGUCGUUCGCUCCCUCCGGGGAGCUGUCGCCCGCAUCUCCCCGAGCGCAUACUCCUACUCCCCUCUGGGAAACGUCAAUUCCAAUUCAGAACCCUCAUCACCUGGUGGCUCAAGCCCUCCCGCGCAAUCCAGCUCCCUGUUCGCACGAUUGACGGCAAUCCUUUUUUUCCUGCUGCCCUCCUUCGUCCAGCGCCGACUCCGACCCAACGACUUCAAACACCGGCGCUUAUAUCCUACCUCGUGGCUCGAUGGUCUGCGCGGCGUUGCAUCGCUGAUUGUCUUCUUCUGCCACUUCACCGAGAAACAUAUUGGCUGGUUCACAGCAAGGGCAUACGGCGUUCCCGAUGAAAACGACCAUGUCGCUUCCUCCCCGCUGCAAUUACCCUUCUUCCGCGUUAUCUUCAGCGGUCGGCCAAUGGUCCACAUCUUCUUCAUCAUCUCGGGCUUCGUUCUGUCUCUCAAGUCUUUGAAGCAGGCAAGGAAACAUGACUACGAUGGACUGCAUCGCACCCUGUCAAGCAGUGUCUUCCGCCGUGGUUUCCGCCUGUUUCUGCCGACCACUGCGUCUACGUUCAUGAUCCUCGUCAUGAUUCGCCUGGGAUGGAUGGGACAGCCCUUGCCUACACUGUGGGAGCAGCUGGUGGACUGGAAGAACGCAGUGUGGAGGAUUACCUUCAGCUGGCAGUGGGAUAUUACCCAGAUUCUGCCCUAUGAUGUCCACCUCUGGACCAUCCCCAUCGAAUUCUCCCACUCGCUACUCCUGUUUGUCGUUCUCACUGGCGUGAGCCGCAUGAAGACGUACUUGCGUCUCGCUUCGGUUUUCUCCAUCAUGAUCUACUGCCUCAAGUGCGGCCACUGGGCCGGCUUUGAGUUCCUGGGUGGCAUGUUCCUUGCCGAGGUCGGUUUGAUCGAGGAAGCUCGCCAGGAGCGCAAGGCAGCCGCUCUGCAGAACAAGGAGGCAUCCGACAUGGAAUCCCCGACUGCGUCGGACUCGUCCUCAAGCUCCCUUGCAGUUCGCGUGUUCAAGACUUUUCUCGUCGGUAACUUGGUUUUUGCCCUGUUUGUGGCUGGCUGGCCGAACCAAAAGGCCGACAUCACCCCGGGAAUGUCACCACUCUGGCACAACACCAUGGAGCCUUUCUUCACCAUGGGCGGCGACCUCGUCUCCUUCCCCUGGUAUGCCCUCGGCGCAUUCCAGAUUGUCAUUACUCUGCAACACAUCAAAGUGUUGCAGAACCUGUUCGUGACGCCACUAGCGCAGUAUCUCGCAGACAUCAGCUACGCGCUUUACCUUGUCCACGGACCCGUUCUCGACGUGUUUUCGCAUCGCUGGAUGCCGUACGUAUGGGCGCUUGUCGGCGGUAGGGACGAGACUGGCGUGAUUGGGCGACUCGUGGCGUGGUUUCUCGGAAUUGUCUUGCUUGGUGUGCCGACCGUCUGGGGCAGCGACGUCUUUUGGAGAACCGUCGACGUCAAGAGCGUAGAGCUGGCACGCUGGAUCGAGAGUCUUUGCACGCGAGACGAAUGGCAUAUCGGCGUUGGCGGCGUUGAAUACUGUGAUAUGUAUUAUCUUAUUGGUUUUCGGACUGGUGUGAGCCUCCUGACGUUGCGUGUUUCGAUUAACAGACAGGUCGCACAAAUCCAACGUAAGAUGGCCGGCCACAAGGUACGAAGAAACCUCAAGCAUCUUCGGAUAGCUGUGGGUAACCGGGAAGAUGGGCCGCGUGGGAUGGGGAAUGGGAAUGGGAAUGGGAAUGAGAUAGUGGGCAGCGAUCCGCCGGACCCGGGACGGAGGCUUCAUUGGGCCCGGGGAGCACUAGGCCCAUCCCACCCGCUCCCCUGUACCCUUGCCAAGACCCAGAAAACACGUCUCAAUGGCGUUGAUAAGGAGGCUGAAGCAAGUUUAGUUGGCAUGGUCAAUGGCGGACGGAUGAGUCGGCCUGGGCUGCGGCGAUUUAAAUCAGGGCGAAGGACGUUUCAAGAGCUUUUGGUUGAGGCUCGAGUCUCAACUGGAGGAUUGAGAUGCGGUGUCACUAUAGAAGCCGGUGCUCCCGUGCCGAGAUGCCAUUUGCCUUUUCCUACCACCCGUCACGAAGUACUCAAGGUAAAGUACAGUACCUACAAUGGGCGGAUAGGAACGCCCGGGAGUAAGGCAGGGCUGUGCAGCCAGGAAGCCCAUUCGUUCACUUACUCCUUGGUAUUUGCUCAAGUGCGGAGAAUCACGCCCAUGAACAUUUACAAGUACAGUGAAGCAGUAACCUAUCAAGGAGGAAGUACUACCUUGGUGUCUGUUCCAGAAGAGAGUGCCAUCGGUAGCUCAUACCUGGUAAGCGCCCCGGGGGAAGUGACGGUGCUGCGACGGGGCAAUGUCAUCCCACCGGGCUACAUUUGGUGGCCACUUAAACCAAAGAUCUUUCAGGCUUCCCCUGAAUAUCCAUUGGUUUUGGACUUUUGUCCCUUCCCCAUGGUUCUCGAGAUGAGUUCUGGGCGUUCGGCUCCCACUCGCCUCAUGCCCAUUGGGUCUGGAGUUAAGUGGCUUCUUACUUGCGUCUGCAGAUUCCGGCGUUCGACUUGUACUACCACAUGCGGAAGUGCCACGGGAAAUGUAGAUCGCCAUGAAGCUUCUAUAAAGACAAACAUGCCACCUGUCUAUAACUGA